AGAAGUAUAAAGUUCACCUAGGGUUCUAUGAAAGCAUGCGACAGAUAUGUAAAGUCGACAAGAUGAUCUACGACGUCAGCUCUCCUCUCUUUCGCUCCUUCCUCAGUCAGAAGGGUGGCUUUUCUGAUAAGAAGAAAAUGGAGGAGCAGAAGCCAAAGGAACAGAGACCCAAAGCUAGCGAGAACAAGCCUGCUAUGACAGAGUGAGGAACUCUAGUUACCAGCUUUAGAAUAUGUUGGGGGUCUCCUCUUGUGUAAUUUGGUCAAUAAUUUGGCCUCCGCUUUCCUUUUGUCGAUUCAUGUUGUCUUUUGGGCAGUAACAUUUCGUAGAGAUUGAUAUUACCAGUCUCUUUGUGACAGUUGACUGUAAAAUAUAGCCGAAGCUUUCGAUGGUGCAGGUCAAAAGACACAUCAAAUGACUUCACAAAUGCAAUCCUAGCACAAAGCACAACAGCUGGAUGUUUUUUUCUUGAACUUGCUAAUUAAUGACAUGAAAUAGAAGUUGAGGUUCAGUAUUUCUCCUGGUUCUGAAAAUCUGCGGAAUUAGGCUAGAUAAAAUUGUUGCUUGCAUUUAUUUUUUUAGCCAAUUUCUAUGUGGUAGGAAAUACUUUGAUUAUUGAAGAAACAUGUAUUUGGUUU